GAUCUGACGUCACAAACCAAAACAACAACAUUUUGCUUGAAAAUGACAAGCGGGUGGGAGGCUGGUGCUGCUGCGGAAGUUGUGAACCCUUCGAUGUCGAACUCAUCAGCCGUGAUGGAGGACCUGUUCGCCCGCGGAGAAGACGAACAGCCAGGCGGGGAGGGAAGCCCAGAGCAGCAGCGACUGUCUGAGCGGCUGCAGGGGCUUGUUUUGCGGUAUGAACCCGCUGUGCUGUGGGCGCAGAGGCUAUUGGUGUGGGAGAGGCCCCUGCACAGCAUCCUUACAGCCUGUGCUCUCAACGGCGUGUUCGGGCUUUUGUCUUCCACAUCCCUCCGUCCGCUGUUCCUGAUGAGCGUGACUCUCCUGGGAAUGGUGCUGCUGGACAAGUGGAAGCUGCUGCCUGACGCAGUCCAGCGUGCGGAAGACUCUGGAAGUUCCAGCGAGAGUGCGGCUGUACACCCCCGUCUUCUCAGCAUCCCAGAACUGUGCCAUCACCUGGCUGAGAGCUAUUUCACCUGGACUCUCUAUCUGCAAGAGAUGCUUCAGUACAAAAGGCAGAGCCCUGGAAAGUUCUGUGCAGUAGUGUGUGCAGGAUGCUCGGUUUUGGCUGUAAUUGGACACUACAUACCAGGAAUCAUGAUUUCUUAUAUUAUUUUACUGAGUGUCCUGCUGUGGCCCCUGGUAGUGUACCAUGAACUGAUCCAGAAGAUGUACACAGGACUGGAACCCAUCCUGAUGAAACUGGACUAUAGCAUGAAGGGAGGAACACAUCAUCGCAAACACCAGAAGAAAAAAGUGAAGAGCGAGCCAGGAGGAGAUGACGCGGUGGCUGAAACAGACAGUGAAAGUGAGGAGGAGCUCUCCUGCUUCUCCCCAAUGGUGGAUGUGAAAACCACAGCUUUAGCUCUAGCCAUCACUGACUCUGAGCUCUCAGAUGAGGAGGCCUCGUUUCUGGAAAGCGGAGGAUUCUCAGUGUCCAGGGCAACAACACCUCAACUAACCGACGUCUCAGAAGAUCAGCAGAGUGUAACCAGUGAACCUGAGGAGACCUUUUCCACAGAGCUGCCAGAGUUCCCCUCUGUAGAGGAGUUCACAUGGAGUGAGCAGGGCCCCGAGGGGGGCUUGGAAGAGAUGGACACCGAGCAAACCUCUGCCAGCUUCCUCAUUCAGAGACUGGCGUCCCCUUUGCACUUUGUCAACACGCACUUCAACGGACAUGGACAGCCCACAGGGGGCGCCAGCAAGCAAGAAGGGCCUGAAGGACUGAGCCUUACUCUAGAGGGUCUGAGUGAGGAGAUUGUCUCCACUGCCAUCGCCACUGUGGUCCAUAACACACUCUCUGCCCUGCUGCGUUCCAACGAGGCCAGCGAAGCCCCUUCCAUCACCGAGCUGCUGCCGCGAGAGCCUCAGGAAUGUGUGGAGGGGCGCCUGGCUGAGACUGAACUGAAAGAGCAGCCUGAAGUAGGCCUGGAGGAUGAGGACUUCGAGCUGCUGGAUCAGAAGGAGCUGGAGCAAGCAGACGCAGCACUGGGUUUAAGCACGCAACACAGGCCAGGCGAGCAGGGACCUCCCACUGCACAGGCUUCACAUACAGCCUCCCCCAAGCCAAGCCCUAAGCACAGUCAGUCCUAGCUUUAAAAAAAAAAAAAAAAAAAGUAACACACUUUUCUGUAAACGGACAUUCAUUUGUUAUGUAACUGGCAUCCAUGUAUUUGUAAGCACAUAAAAGCUGUAUCCCCUACUGCAAGACAGCUUCACUUGUGAUCGUCAAGAUAGUAAAACUGACAGGCAGACUGCACAGAAGGAACAGUGGCGGAUCGAAACACUAUUGUGUGUUUAGUGGUUAUGGAGGAAUAGACUAGAACAAUUUGAAUACCUUGCAAAAGUGUCACAAAGAAUCAGGGCCACUGCUAGGGAUAGAAAUACAAAGACUUCAUUUGGACUUUUUUGUCCACCUCGAGUGACAAGAUGUCUUAAAAAUGUUCCUCCAUUAAUAUUAAAUAGCCCAGUUUAUAGGAAAGGCAAUAUGGGGGGGAAAAAAAGAUAUAUAUAUAAUUAUAGGUGAACUCCACUUAUAACAGACUCCAAGGGGCAAUGGAAAUCAGUACUUUAUAAACGAAGUACAUAGUAAACACAAUUCGAAAUGCUGUCUGUAACUGCGAACAGAAGUACCAUAAAUAUAAACAAUACAAGAAAGUUUAACUGACAAAGAACAGGAGUUUAUUUAUACAAAAUACCCUGUGGGCCGUACAAUGUAAUAAGUACAGUAAUACCAUUUUACAAAUUUAUAUUUUCGCUAAAUGUAAUUACAAUUGUAUACGUUCUACAUUUAAACUGUACAACAGCUGUACCAACAAAAACAUAGAAACACAGAAAAAGAAAAGUAAACAGCAACUGUCUUUCCUGCCUGACGUCACAAACGCCGCCUGUCAUUUACUGUCCUGGAAGUACCUUAUUUGCGCAAAAUAUCUGCCUGUGGAACAGGAAAACUGUAUGUAUUAAGUAUAUUCAUUAUAAACGAGUCUGUUUUAAUCAGAGUAAUUGCCCAUUAAAGCACGUGUUGGGGGGGCACAGGCCUCCUCAACACGUUGUAAAUGGAACUCCGUUCUAACAGGAUCUGUUAUAAGCGGAGUGCACCUGUACAUCUUUUGUAUUUCUUAUAACUGAAAUGUUUAACUGGCUGCAUCCCUAGUCCAUGGCUGUCCAUUUUGCUCCAGUUCAUUGCAAUGUAAAGUCCCUUCAAUAUUAACAGCAUCAUGCUAUUACACUUUGCAGUCCCAUGAAGUGGGAUGUUAAACUGCACUUAACAUAUGUUUGUAAAAUGUACAUUUCCUAAAUGUUCCAUUAUUUGUGGAAGCAAAUCUAAUUCUGUCUUGUACAAACUGACCUUGCGCUGUUGCUGUGCCUAGUAAUCAUUCUGCUGUUGCUCAAUCUGCAUUAUUAUUUUCCAAAGAAAAUAGAAAGCAAAAAAAUGAAACACAAAAUAAAUGAAAAUGUGACUGGUUAAGAGUGAAAGGUAGCACACUAUGGUAAGCAGUUGCCCUUUAGAACUCCUGUCUUUAAAGAGGCGCAUUGUAACUUGUCAUCACAAGGAAGGACAUCCAAAUGUUCUUACUUUUCACAAAUAGACGUAAUAAAAGAGAAAUGCCUUAACUGUU